UUAGUUCACUGUUUGCGCCCACAUGGGUCUAUAAAAGAGGGGCGGACACCAACUGCCCCCCUAAACGUCAGAGCGCACUGAACUAUAAAUCUUUCCAAACAGCCCCUCUGCGCCUGGCGCGGUGCUGUGCGCAGAUAUUUGCUCUGCUUUAGUCCAAUAUGAGGACGACACGUGUGGAGACAUCUGCGUAAACACAGGCCGACUUGGAAAAUAUGUAUCCGAAUAUGUGUUGUUUACUAUGGCGAGAUUGGUGAGAAAUACUGGAGAUUCUGGACGACGCGCUAUUGAACUGUUUCGCCAAGAGACGGGAAAGCGGUAACAGCAAACCUCCGGCGCUUUUCUCGUUUGUUGGAGACGCUGAUGUCUUCAUUGGAGUCCUCUCGCUUGGAGAUGGUGGCGCUCUCUCGGAUUUCCAGCGUGGAAACGUAGCAUUCAAUUAAUCAGCGACUGCAACUGUACUCCGUGAGGCGCAGAGGCACUUUGGUCCGCCGUCUUCGGAGACGCAUGGUUUGUUCGGCGCACUGGGUCGGAAUACAGAGGACAUAUCUGGCACAACACAACAGCAUUUAUCCUUUCUCUUGUUGGACUAUCUCCUUUUUGGAGAUUCUGACAUGAUUUACGCGGCCAAGUCUACUGGGGACGCUCCAGAAGUUGCGCUUUCUGUUUGGAUUUUACUAUAAACUACCAAGAUAAUUUUAGGUCUGCAUGGGCCAUAUUUAAGCUUUCAUCAUAGGAACUGAGUCUAAGAUGAAGUUAUGGGAUGUUCUGGCCACGUGUUUCUUGCUCCUGACCUCCGUCGCCACACGGCCUCUCUACCAAAACACUCAGCCAGCCAAGAGGACUCGCUUCCCCAGCAGCUACCGUGAUUCUGGGUCCCCGUCCGUGGAAGACGAAGAGCCACUGUUCCAGCGUGAAGAGCGCAACCUGCAGGAGAUCUCCAUGGAAGAUCAGUAUGACACGACAGCUCCCUAUCCAGACCAGUUUGACGACGUGAUGGAUUUUAUCGAGGCUACCAUCGGCCGACUCCGGAGGUCAUCGGACACUAGCGGCAGCUCCGGAGGACGGAGGGAGCAGAGACAGAGAGGAGCGUCAAACACGAGGGGAGCAAGGGACGAGAGGAGAGCGCACGGCGGGAAGAGGAGGGGCCGAGGCCGAGCAGGAGGCCGGGGAGGCAAGGGAGGCGGCGGGGAGAGGGAGAAGGAGAGGAUAUCUGUACAGAGUCGCGGUUGCUUGCUGAAGGAGGUCCAUCUCAACGUUACGGAUUUGGGGCUGGGGUACCAGACCAAGGAGGAGCUGAUCUUCCGGUACUGUAGCGGGCCCUGCAUCGAGGCGGAGACCAACUAUGACAAGAUCCUGAACAACCUCACACACAACAAAAAACUGGACAAGGACACGCCCUCCCGCACCUGCUGUCGACCCAUCGCGUUCGACGACGACUUGUCUUUUUUGGACGACAAUGUGGUGUAUCACACGCUGAAAAAGCAUUCGGCUCGGAAGUGCGGCUGCGUCUGAGCAUGUCCCGGGAAGCGUGGCGAAAAAAAAAACGCUGCGGCGGACUUUGGCUCACCUGAGCGGACGCCGCGACUGCAGCUAGACGUGUGCGCCGGAGGUCAGAGCCUGUAGUUUCUUACGUUUGUCGGCUGAUGUCAAGACGAGACAAAGCGGAGGAAAGGGGUGCCGCCUGAGAGACAACGGAACAGCUGCUAAAAUAACACAAAGUUCACGUGCAAUCCUCCAGAUUGUGCACGACGGUAGCAGUUUACAGCCGAUUAUAUACUGUUACACCUACAGAGUGCGGUCAGAAAAGAAGGCGAAAAAAAAAAAACUGUGAUCUUGCAGGAGGAUUUAAUUUCCCAGGAAUUCAGCUUUUCCAUAGCUGGCUGACUCCAGAUGAAUCCAGAGAUUUGAGGGAACGCUCUCAGUUGUAGUUUAAAUCAACUUCCACUGUGUAGUCUGGAUGUUGACAUUCAGAGCCAAGGAAAACAUGCCGAGAUGCAGCAAAGACUGGUGCAACACAUCUACAUUUAAGAAAAUAAAUCAACAUACAGAACAUAUAUAUAUAUAAUUUUAAAGAGGUAUGUGUAAGAGGUAUAUUUAUUGAGAUGGAAUUAACUUAUUGUUAUUUAUUUCAAUCCCUUUUAUGAAAGAAGUAUUUUUUUUCCUAUUUAUUUAAUAGCUUCGGUUGUCCUGGACGGUGCCACAGUAGAGAGUUUUCUCAUGCAAAACACUUCAAGGUUUCUCAGAACUGCUAAGCACUCCGAGACAUCUUGGAAAUGCUUUCUCGUGUCAUUUAAAUUCCAGCAACUUUCCCGUCAAACGUGUAUCAAAACGAUGGUCAUUUACCAUGAAGGCAACAUACAGAGACAGAGGAGGGGACCAGUAGAUGAUUUACGGUAGAAAUGAUUGGUUGAUUUCAGGCAUUUUUUUAGACAACGGUAUUAUUUGCAGCGUUUUUCACUAAUGUGACCGCUUUUGGACACGGGAGUCGUUUGCUCUCCAAGAACCUGACUCCUAUGUUAAACCCAUCCAUUCGUGGUACUCUAUUUCCAAUAGGGAUGCACCAAGGAAUCAUUGGGUGAAUGAAACUGAAACUAAAAAAAUAUAUAUAAAUUUCCAAAUCCGUGAACGCACACACUCCUUUGGUGUAGAUGUUGCAGGACGAAGGCUCAGUUUGGUCUUUUCAGGAUCAGUGAGGUGUCUGGAGUAAAAUCACAGGAAGCACAAAAACUGUAAACGUACAUGAAAGGAAACUCUAUUAUCUGCAACACCGUAGGCUGAACUCCAGAGUCAAUUAGUUAUUUUGCUAUUUCGUACUUUACCAGUUUUAAUCGUUUCCUAUGUGACUUGAGUGCCAACUUCAGCCGAUAGCAGGAAGUCCGAAUAUAUUAUUAGUAAAUUUGCUCUGUUUUAUUCUUUUGAGCUUUCAACCUCUUGUCUGUUUGGAACAUUGUUGGUUUACAAAUAUGGCAUCUCUUUAAAAAAACCACAGCCGGGUUUAAGGAUCUACAUUGUCUACCACAAUCUGAGGUACCUGCAUCUGCGGAGGUUUUUGGGCUGCUUUUAAUGGUGCUCAGGAGAGGUUUUGGCAUUUGUUAGGUAAACACGACCAAAUCUACUUCAACACUGUUUCAUUAACCUGUGAAGUCCAAACUCAGACCUGAGAAUGAGAUUCAAGAACUAUUUAUACAACCAUGUGCUUCUCGGCGCACUGUAGCAACACGUUUACUGAAGGAGGUUCUGAACUACGUUUGUGUGACUUGUUCAAUUGGAUGGUAAUCACCAAAUGUGCAAAUUUACUGAUUGUCACUAAAUUUUAAGAGCAAGGCAGCCAUAUUGGAUUUUUUCUUUCACUUCCCCACAUUAAAUGUCAGUUUCUACUGACUUUUCAGUUGGUUUUGCAACUUAAUGAGUACAAAUGAAGCAGCUAAAGUUGCAUACUGUAUUUCAACCAGUUAACCAGCACUAGUGGACUAAAGGAUUUUUAGCAGGUUUACAUAGCAUAACCUAAAAGGGUACACAUUUGGUCCGGCAGCACAAGCCAUUGAUGCAGAUAAAUACUGUUUAGAAUGUUUAGGUUGAAAUUUCCAAAGAUGCAAGGCCUUUCCAAAAGGAUAUUAACAAAUUAGAGAAUUAUUUAUUCGGAGAAUGCAAAACAUACCAACCAUGUUUUUUUAUUCUCAUUUCAAUUUCCAUAGUAAAUACAAACUGCAAAUAAAGCGAGCAUUAACAAAGAAACAGUGACCCAUGUCCUGUUCUCGUAGCCGAGAACAGACAAAACAUAUCUAGACCAAGAGAAUAAAAAAACAAAGCCUUUUUAAAAUAUAAGGAAACAAUGUGAAAAUAGCUUCACAACAAAUACAUUUCGGCAUUUUCUAAUUACAAAUUUCUAAUUUCUGUGACCCAUGAAUAUGUUUAACAUCACAAUUGGGGACCAUGUGACAAAACACGUGGACACCAAUAAUCUGAAAACCUGGAUCCUGUUGCAGAGGUACUUCUAAUAGCAGUUUGAGAAUCCCUGCUCUAUUUGCUCUACAUGGACACUGACAGUCAGCUGCCAACCACAUUAAUUGUGACAUGCCCCAAUGUAAGAUGCUGAAGUCACUUUAAAAUAUAUAGUCCAAUAAUGCUUCUGCUAUUAAUCUAAAUAAGUAAUGACCAGCCACAGCAGCAAUGCUAACUAAACUUUUUUCCCCCCACGGUUGAUUACAAUACUUGGAAUCAGCUGAAAUCGGUGUUUGCUAUUGACGUUGGCUACAGAUCUCUGAUCAGUGCAUCUCUAAUUUACAAAGAGGUUUUGAGGCAGCUUUUUAACAAACAAUCCAGGACAAAAUCGUAUGUUAGUCCAACCAAAAAACAGCCGCUCAUAUGAAAUGACAUUAUGGAAACGGGGAUCUCAUAGUCAUCCCAAGGUGGAAGAUCGAUGAAAGGCCGCCUUAAACCCAGUGUGUCUUUGCGCCGGGUGUGAGCGCCACUUUGCAGCGCUUGGUGCCCCAGUGAGAUUUAAGCUUCAUGGGUCUGCCCGCGCUUUGACUGACAGCUCUUAUUCCCACAAAGGGGAUUUGAAAGUGAGCCUCUGACAUGAGUCUUAACUGUAUAUCCCCUCUGGCAAAGACAGUUUAAGGAAGAUCUAGCUACUGUAGAGGCUGUUGUCAUCCUGCCGCUGUAAUUAUUUGAAGACCAGACGUUUGGACAAAAGAGUAUGUUUUGGAAAAAUUCUGGAGUGAGGACAAUGGGUCGGCUCGGCAUGCUUUCUACGCGUAACAACUUGUCGAGAAGAAAUCAUUUCUCAGCUAAAACCAAGAUGUAUAUGAAGGAAAGCAGCAUUUCUUUCUUCCCUUUUAAAGGGAGGGUGGUCAUUAUAAGUGGAACAAAGAGCCCUUGUAUAGGUCUUGAUGUUAGCACGGAUUAGGGACCAAGGUAUCUGUGCCCACCCAGCAGCAAGCAAGCCAGCUUUACUGUGUAAUCCCCCCCCCCCCCCCCCCUGCACAGAACAAAUCCAGCGCAUCAGGCUGAAUUUAGGCCAAACACUAAACACAGAUAGAAAAAAAAAAAUCCUGACUUUAUUACCUCGCACAACUGAAUCAUCUUCGCUUUGUUCACAACCCAUGAAUGCCUAGAAGUUUCCAGAUCAGACUUCCUGCCGCUCAUCGUUACCCAUGACGACUUCAGUACCGCUCACCCGACUGUCCGCUGGCGAGCGUCCUCUUAAAUGCAUGUCGGCAUCAGACGUGUUUGUUUUCCCUCUGUUGACAUCACUGUUGGAGGAGGAACCUGUCUUGUCUCACCUGUUUUGUGUUACAGAACCAAAGCUCUCUGCAAACUUUAUUUUUGUACAAUAUUCAUUUUAUAACUUUUUACAGAAUUAAACUUGUUUCUAUUAAA